AUGAGUAGAAAAAUAAUAGGUUUAAUUUCAAAAUUUGAAAACCUUAAUGUAAAUAAUAAUAAUAAUAGCAACAAUAAUAAUAAUAGCAACAAUAAUAACAGCGGCAACAGUAUUAAUAGUAAUAUUGGAAGUAACAACCUAAAGAAUAAUGUAAAUAGAUUUAAUAAUAAUAAUAAUAAUAAUAAUAAUAAUAAUAAUAAUAAUAAUAAUAAUAAUAAUAAUAAUAAUAAUAAUAAUAAUAAUAAUAAUAAUAAUACAACUACCACUACAACUACCACUACAACUACAACUACAACUAGAACUUCAUCGUCCAAUAAUAAUAUGAAUAAUAAUAAAAGCAAUAAUAGUAAUAAUAAAAAUGAUGGUAAUAAUAGUGAUAAUAAUGUAAAUAGAUUUAAUAAUAAUAAAAUGAAUAAAAUUAUGAAUAAUUAUAUUAAGAAUAAUAGUUAUAAUAAUAAUGAUGAUAAUAAUAAUAAUAAAAAACAAGAGGGAGAAGAAGAGGGAGAAGAAGAAGAAGAAAAAUUAAAAUUAGUUGAUAUUAAAGUUGAAAUUAGAGUAGAGGAAGAUAUUGAAGGAGAAGAAGAGUUAGUAACUAAAUCAAUAGUAAAUUCAUUAUCAGUAUCAUGUUUAUCAACUCCAUCAUAUUCAACUAACCUUUCAGAUUCAAUAUCAUCACUUCAAUCACCAGUACUUACACCAUUAUCAUCAUCACCAUCAAUAACACCAUUAUCAUCAUCACCAUCAUCACUAUCAUCAUCAUCAUCACCAUCUCAUUCUAGACAAGAUUCAUUAAAUAGUAAUUGUAAUAGUCUUACAUUAUCAACACCAACUCCAUCACAUACACCACCCAUUUCACCACCUUUACAACCAUCAAAUCCAAUCAAUCAUAAAUAUCAUAUAAAAAAUUUACAAUUUGACGAAAAGAAAUCACUUCAAAAUAUAUUAUUAUCUAGAAAAAUUUCAACUUCAUUUGAUCCUAGAAAAGAUAGUGAUGAUGAGGAAGAUGAUGACGAUGAUGAGGAGGAUGAAGUUGACAAUAAUAAUCAAAAUAACAAUAAUAUAGAAGAACAAAUUAAAAACGAUUUAGAAGAAAAAGAAAAUGAAAUUAUUGAUAGUUUCUAUAAUAAAAAUGAUGAUCAACUAUCAGAUAAUUCAAAUGAUACAGUAGUUAGAGUUAAUGAUGCUGAAGAAGAUGAUGACGAUGUCAGUGAUGAUGAAUUUAGUCAAGAUGAUAAUAAACAUUGUUCAAAUAAUAAUUUAAAACAGAUUCAAAUUAACUUUGAAAAUGCAAUAUGUUUGGUUGAACAAAAAAAGAAUUCACAUUCAUUAAAUAAUAAUAGUAAUGAUAAUUCCUCACCAAUACAACAAAAACAAGAACAAUCUAAAGAUGCAAAAGAAAAAAUACAACAACAACCACAACAACCACAGCAACCUCAACAACAACAACAACAAGCAGUUGAUUUACCAGGUGGUUAUAGUAUAAUUGUUAAAGAUAAAGGACUUAGAGUAUCAAUUUGUGCAAGUACAAGAGAAUCUUUUGGAGAUUAUUCACAAAGUUCUAGAUCAAGUAUAGAAUCUUCAAUUGAAACUAGUAUUGGUAGUAAUAAAAGUUUUGAUGAUACUAAUAAAAAUGAAGAUAUUUAUGAUAUACCAUUAUUAAAUAUUGAAAAAUUUACAGGACAAGGUCAUUUUAAAGAUUAUCAUUGGAAUUCAACAUUUCAAUCAAUUGUAGAAUUACCAGAUAAUGAUAUAAAGAGACCUAAGGAAUUAUCAAUGUUGGUUGAAGAAUUUGUAUAUAAUGCAAAUUUAAUUGGUAGAUUAUUAAUCUCUCAAGUUAAAUUAAGUAAAGAAUCCAAAAUAAUUCCUGAGUGGAAUAUAGGUGGUAUUGGUGGUGGUUUAAAAUUUAAAUGUAAUGAUAUCAUAUUUAAAUUUGUUGAAGAUUUACCAAUUCAAGAUACUACUACAUCUUCAACUAAUAAUAAUAAUAAUAAUAAUAAUAAAAAAGAUAAUAAAUUAAAAUGGCUUUAUGGUGGUGAUAAACAAUCAAAUGAAAAAGCGAAAAAAGGAGCAUCACAUGAAAUUAAAUCAUUAAAUCAUUUUAAAAUGGCAUCUAAUAAUUCAAUAAUUAAAACACCACUUAUGGCAGUAAUAGAUUACCUUGGUUAUAGAGUGAUUGCAAUUUCAAAUUUACCAAUCAAUAAUAAUAAUGAAAAUAAUGAUACAUUGGUUUAUGGAUCAAGAGAUGGUGGUAAUAUAAUUAAAUCAUCAAAUUCUACAAUUGAAAAUGAAAUGAAGAAUAUUUGUAACAAAUUGAACUUAUCUGAACAUUCAGUAAAGAGUAGUAAAGAUGGAUUAUCAAAGAGAAUCUAUGGUCCAGUGGAUAUUGAAAUUCAUUUCUCUGAUAUCACAAGAGAGCAUUAUGCAAUUGAUUUUCAAAGAUUAUUCCCACCCGAAGAUCCAUUCUAUUUUAAAGAUAGUUUAGUUAAAAGUAAUUCAUCACAACUCUAUAGAUUAUUAAGACCGGAGUUAGUAUCAAAAUCACCUCUUCCAUUAUCUUCUGAUGGUUUCUCUCAAAUUCAACAUGAUAAAGAUUCAUUCAUUCAAAAUGAAAAUAUUAGAAAAAUUACAAAUAUAUUACAUACAAAAGUUAUACCAUCAUUCAUUAAAUAUAUUGAUACAAAUAGUAUUGGUACAAUUAAAUCUUUAAAAUCUUCAAAAUCAAUUCAUGAUUCAAUUUUUAAAGUUUAUGAUAAUAUUAAUAAUAAUAAUAAUAAUAAUAAUAAUAAUAAUAAUAAUAAUAAUAAUAAUAAUAAUAAUAAUAAUAAUAAUAAUAAUAAUAAUAAUAAUAAUAAUAAUAAUAAUAAUAAUAAUAAUAAUAAUGAUAUUGUUGAUUAUGGUGGUGAUGAUGAUUUUAAUGAAUCACAUUUAAUUAAUGAAAUACAAAUUGAAGGAACACCAACCACAACAACAACAAAUAAUACUACUAGAAAUAAUAAUAUUGAAUGGUUAUCAAAUAUUAAUGGUGAUAGAUAUAGUAAUAAAGAUAGAAAUUCAAGAAAUAAUAAUAGUAAUAAUAAUAAUAAUUUAAAUAAUUUUAAUCAAAAAUCAAUUGAUAUUAAAACUUAUAUUGAUGAAAUUCAUUCAUUUGGAAUUAAUUUAAGAUAUUUAGGAUUAUUAUCAAGUAAAUUAAAAACUAAACCAUUGAAAUUAUUAUUACAAAGUGAAAUGUCAGCAAGAGUUUGGAAAUCAAUUAUAUCACAAAAGAUUAGAGAAUCUGAACAUCCAUCAGAAGGUUAUUAUAAAUUAAUUUUAUCAAAUAUAUUUGAAUUGAUUCUAUCGAAUCAAUCAACUCAAUCAACAAUUGAAAAGAAUAGAGAGUUUUGGUGUUUAAAUAAACGAGGUAAUUUCAAAUUUAUAGCAUUACAUUGUUUUCAUGAAUGCAUAUCAGAUGAGGAUAGAUUGGAUACUGUUGAUUAUAGAAAUAUCAUUGAUAAUAGGUUCGUCGUUUAUAGGAUCAUUCAAAUGUUAAAUAUUAAAAUUAAUCAAGAAGCGUUGAAUCAGUUUUGUUCAAAUAGUAAUUACAUUAUCACUUUUAAUGAUAUCGAAGAGAUUGGUUCAAAAAUUAAGUAUCCAAGUAUAGUCGAUGUCGCUGCUGGUUCUUUCUUAUUAUAUGAAGCUUUGAAUAAUAUUAAUGGUGAUAGUACAAAUCCCUCAAAUCCACUAGCUGCCGCUAGACUAUGUGAACAAGCUAAAAUUAAAUUUUAUUCUGCACUUUGUUCAAUGCCAUUAUCAAUUCCUGUAAUGCUUAAUCUCGGUCACAGUUAUCUAUUAUCAGAUAGAAUCAACACAAACUAUAAAACUUCAAUUGAAAAUUUAAAAUCAGCUUUAAAUCAUAUCAAUUCAAAUGAUCCAAAAAUUAAGUCAUUAAAAGGUGUUUUUUGUUUAAAAUUAGCAACUAUUCAAUUAUUUUAUUUUAAUAAUACUUUUGAAUUUCAAAAAACUAUAUUAAAAUUAAAAGAAUUUUGGAAACCAAUACCACAAAUUGAAAUAAUUAAAAUUUUAUUAUUUAUUUUUAAUAUACAAAAUAAUAAUAAUAAUAAUAAUUCAAACAAUAAUAAUAAUAAUAUAAAUAGUUUACAAUAUCAAAAUGAAGGAAGAAAAUCAAUUAAUUCAUCAAUUAUACAAUUAAAAUCAUUAGAAUUUAAUGAUAUAAAGAUUAUAAAUGAAUUAAUUACACUUUGUAUUAUUUUAGAUGAAUUUAAAUUAUCAAUAAAUUUAAAAGAGGAAUUAUUUAAUAAAAUUUCAAAGAUUAAUCAUUUUUCAAUACCAAAUAAUUUAUUAAAUCUUUUCAUGGAAACUGGAAAAUCAUAUCAACCAACAAACUAUUUUCAAAAUCAAACAUCAAUACAAGAACAAAUAAUAAUUAGUAUUAAUAAUAUAAUAUUUUCAAGAGUUAAUAAUUUACAAGUGAUUUCAUUAAGUGAUUUAAUUAUUAAUGAAUCAUUAUUAGAUAAUUUCUCAAAUUUAGUUGAAUUAAAGAUUGUAAAUUGUGGUUUUAUAUUUGGGAAAUCUAAUCAACAACAACAACAACAACAACAACAAUUAGAUCCAGUGAUUGAAAUUUUAAGUAGAUCUAAACAUUUAAAAUCACUAUAUAUUGAUUUCUCAAAUAAUCAAAGUCAAAAUUGUUGCCUAAGAGUUACAAAUCAAUAUUCAAAAUUAAGAUCAUUAGCAUUAAUUCAUUAUUUAGGUACAAUGAAAAUUUUAGUUGAUCAACAAUCAUUAUCUUGGGAUUUAGAAUAUUUAAAUUUAAAUCAUUCUUUAAAUUUAAUUGGUUUAAUUAAAUCUGAUAGAACUAUUUCAACACCAUAUUUAAAAUCAUUAUCAAUUGCAGGUUUUAGUAAUACAAUUAAUAAAGAUAAUAAUAAUAAAGAUAAUAAUAAUAAAGAUAAUAAUAAAGAUAAUAAUACAAUUAAUACAAUUAAUAAUAAAGAUAAUUUAAAUUCAAAUAUAUCAUCAACAUCAAUAUUAGAUAUUAGAUUAUUAUUAAAUAUGGAAGAAUUGGAUAUAUCAUAUUGUACAUUUACACCAAUAUUUAUUAUUCAAUUAAUUAGUGGUUCACCAGGUUUAAGAGUUUUAAAAGCUACAAAUAAUCAAAAUGUUCAAUUGGUUGCUAUAAAAUUAUUGAAACCAUUUAGUAAUUUACAAGAGAUUUAUUUAGAUGCUAUAAAAAUAUCAAAACCAAAACAAUUCAUUAGAUUAAAGGAAUUCACUAAUAGGAAUUUAUUAAGAGUAUUACAUUUACCAAAUUUAAUUGACUUAAAAUCACCAAGCACAUUCAAUAGUAAAGAUAUGUUUGAUUUACUGUGUGAUUUCACAAAUUUGGUAGAUUUGAAAUUACCUUGUGGUUUUAGUUUUCAUAAUUUCACAAAUUGGUUACAAAAAGGGCAAAUACCAUUAUCAACAAUCUUUAAGAAUUUAAAGAAUUUAGAUUUAGAAAAGAAUGAAAUUUCAAUUAAUUCAAUUUUAUCAGUUUUAAAAGUAUCACCAUUUUUAGAAUCACUUUCGUUAUAUGGUUGUGCUUGGAAAGAAAUUCAACCGUUGGAAGGAAGUGGAGAGAAUCAGUUUGCUUUGUUUAGAGGUAUUUUGGCUGACUUAACUCCAAUACUAUUUAAUAAUAUUAAAGAAUUAAAUAUUGCCAAUUGUGGUCUUUUAAAAAAAGAUAUUCCAAUAUUAUUAUAUAAGAUUUUCCCAUCUUGUUCAAUUUUAAAAUCUGAUUUCUUAAAUUUAGGUAAAAACUUUUCAAAAUUCUCUUCAUCAUUUAUUCAAUUUAUUAAAAUUAAUAAUCAAAAUAAAUAUAGUAUUUAA